GAUUAAUAAGAAAGAACGGAAACUAGUUAAACCUUCCUGCAUUUGUUAUAUCACUUGGGCCCGGUGUCUGUUUCCGGAGACCGUCGUUAGUUCACAACACUCUGAUCCUCAGCUAAUCGACCCCUUGCGUUGGGAAUUACAGCUCCCGUUCAUCCUCUUCCGCCGAAGCUUUCUGCAGCUGGGGCAAUGGAUACAAAUGCUGACUCUGAGCACCACAUGAUGAUUGAACACACAUCAGAAAAUAUGCAUAUUGAUCCAAGGAGAGCCCGAUUUCCUUGCUGCAUUGUAUGGACACCACUGCCUGUUAUAUCCUGGCUAGUUCCUUUUAUAGGCCAUAUCGGAAUAUGCAGAGAAGAUGGGGUAAUAUUGGACUUUGCAGGGCCUAAUUUUGUGUGUGUAGACAAUUUUACAUUUGGAGCAGCUGCCCGCUACAUCCAAAUAAGCAAAGAAAAGUGUUGCAUUUGUCUCCAUCCAGCUGCUUACAGAAGUGAAGAUGGACGCAUGCAAGAUGGACCUGCCACCGACUCAUUAACAUGGGACGAUGCGCUGCGCAAAGGUACACAGGAGUUCCAGCACCGAGCAUACAACCUUUUCACUUGCAAUUGUCAUUCCUUUGUUGCCAACAACUUGAACAGGCUUGGCUUCCGGUCUGGUGGGUGGAAUGUGGUGAACCUAGCGGCUCUAAUUUUCCUCAAGGGGCAGUGGGUGAACAAAGCAUCUAUCUUGCGGUCUGUCUUACCAUUCAUCAUCGUUUUUGGGCUGGGAGUCACUCUUGGAGGCUGGACUUUCAUAAGUUUUUGGUCCUUUUUCACCUUCAUCCUAGUAGGUUGGUUUCUUCUUGGUACUUACUGUUUCAGGAAUUUGAUCCAGCUGUAGCUAGCCUCUUGUUAUUUUGUUCAUGCUAUGUGCACCAUUUUUUACCCUUUUGUUGGUUGAAGCAUCGCAGUUCGAUGGGUAGUUGUGGUUGUUUGCUGAUAACUGUACAAGAUAUAUACGUGCAAUUUUGAAAUAAGUCAGAAACUUUGCUUGCUUAA